AUGGCACACCAAGCACACGCCUACCACAUAGUUGACCCAAGCCCUUGACCCCUCACAGGAGCUGUCGCAGCCCUUCUACUCACAUCAGGACUAGCUAUAUGAUUCCACUUUGGAUCAUUGAUCCUCCUUACACUAGGCCUAAUCACCAUAAUCCUCACUAUAAUCCAAUGAUGACGAGACAUCAUUCGAGAAGGAACCUUCCAAGGACACCACACUCCUCCAGUUCAAAAAGGGCUCCGAUACGGAAUGAUUCUAUUCAUCACAUCCGAAGUAUUCUUUUUCAUUGGUUUCUUCUGGGCAUUCUACAAUUCAAGCCUUGCCCCCACUUACGAACUAGGAGAAUGUUGACCACCAACAGGGAUCACCCCCCUCAACCCAUUCGAAGUUCCUCUACUUAACACAGCCGUACUCCUAGCUUCAGGGGUUACUGUCACAUGAGCCCACCACAGCAUCAUACAUGGAAAUCGAAAAGAAGCAAUCCAAUCCCUAGGCCUAACUAUCCUCUUAGGUCUCUACUUUACCGCUCUCCAAGCAAUAGAAUAUUAUGAAGCCCCUUUUACUAUUGCCGACGGAGUUUACGGAUCCACAUUCUUCGUUGCCACAGGGUUCCACGGACUUCACGUCAUUAUCGGCUCUUUAUUCUUAUCCGUGUGCUUCAUUCGACAAAUCCAAUACCACUUCACGUCAAAACAUCACUUCGGCUUCGAAGCCGCCGCAUGAUAUUGACAUUUCGUUGACGUAGUCUGACUCUUCCUGUACGUCUCUAUCUACUGAUGAGGCUCAU